UGGGGCCCAGUCUCCAUGGCAGCAGAGGAUUUAUUACUGUGGCCUCCGCCCAGCUCGGCGGACUUUCAACUCAAAGUCAGAGGAAGAGGAGCUGAGAUUAGUUCUGGGAGCAGCAGGAGCCCCAGGAUGGCCAAGUUUCUUUCCCAGGACCAAAUUAAUGAAUACAAGGAAUGCUUCUCCCUGUACGACAAGCAGCAGCGGGGGAAGGUAAAAGCCACUGAUCUCCUGGUGGCCAUGAGGUGCCUGGGGGCCAGCCCCACACCAGGGGAAGUGCAGCGGCACCUGCAGACUCACGGGAUAGACAGAAAUGGAGAGCUGGAUUUCUCCACCUUCCUGACUAUUAUGCACACGCAAAUAAAACAAGAGGACCCAAAGAAAGAAAUUCUUCUGGCCAUGUUGAUGGCAGACAAGGAGAAGAAAGGUUACAUCAUGGCGUCCGAGCUGCGGGCAAAACUCAUGAGGCUCGGGGAGAAGCUCACCCACAAGGAAGUGGAGGAUCUUUUCAAGGAAGCAAAUAUUGAACCAAACGGCAAAGUGAAGUAUGACGAAUUUAUCCAGAAGAUCACCCUUCCCGUGCAGGACUACUGAACGAGCAGAGUGCAAGAGGGCCUCCCUGGGUUUGAAAAUCUGGACUAGUUCAUUUUUAAUAAGGAAAAUGUUCAUUUCAUCCUAGGGUGAUGGCAAACAUAGCAGCAAUGACAACAUUAGCAGGGGAUAAGUAGUAAUAAGUAGUUCCAGCCAUGGCAUCAGCAUGGCUUUAAUAAAGCUCUCAUGAGUCCAGCCUUUUCUGUGGUUUUGUCAGGCCUAUAUUCCAGUCCUGGGUCUGCCACUUACCAGCUGUUAUCACUUAGGGCAGAUUAUUUCACCCCUGAAGGCCUUAGGGUCCAGACAAAGCCUGGAUCUCCAGGUCUUACCUCGUGGAGCCCAUUGAGGAAGGAUGGAGAUGGGGCCUUGAAAAUGCACAGCAGCCUGA